UAAUCUAAGUGGUGUGUCAUAUAUAUAAGUAUGCAUCAUAUAUAUACAUUCAACUUCUGUAAAUGAAUAUAUUCACCGAUCAUCUUAAUAAUGGUGGUGAGGAUGCGCCAUCAUGGAGAGAGAUCACACUUUCGAAAACACCGAUCAAAGUCCUCACAUUUUUCUCUGCUUCUGUUUGUCUGUCAGUCAUCCUACGACCUGACAACAACUCCACAGGAUCUUCCUCUCCUCGUACAAAUAUGUCCGGAACCACAACUUUCCUCGGACUAACCGCCUCUUUACACAACGUUCCAUAUAUACUAUUCCCUCUCCCUAUAAGAUCGGAACUUUCUUUCUCCAUAUCUUCUGAACAUUUCUUAUCAGGCGGCGCUGCUGGUUGUUCUUUACAUUCUUCAAUCACGUAUAUUGUCUUCUCUGGAGGGUAUUCCUCCUCUUGAUCUUCCCGCCUGGGAAUGAUGCUGCUGGUUCUGGUUCUUCGGGUCGUUCUUGAUCGAGAAAACAUUGGCUUUGCAUUUGAUAUGCUCAGAUUUUCUGGAGAUCCUAAAACUUGUCUGUUUCUUGUUGCAGAGGACUCUGUUUUUGUCUUAGCGGCUGCAGAUUUCUUGUCCUUGUGUAUAUUAGAUUUUAUAUGACAGGUUUUUGACGAAAAUUGUUUCUUUUUCUCAGGGAUCUUCUUGCAUUUAUCAUGACAGGACGACAAUGGAGGGGAGAGAUAGCGUGGCAAAACCAUCAUCUUGUUGGGUUUAUGAGCGUUUAUUGUGUUUGGUAUUGAAGGAAUGUCAUCCAAGGCUUCUCCUGCCAUUGAUUGGAAUAAUAUAAACAAUAGGAAAAGGUUAAUAUCCGGCCUUAUCAAAUGGACGUACGUUUGUGGGGGUCUCGAUCGGUGUAUCUGUAUCGUGAGGUGAUGCGCGUUUGUAGCAACUGUGAUGCAUAUACACAGUUUUCUUACAGUUCGCCCACCAUGAGUUUUCUUACCGUUCGUAUAUGGUGUACCGGCCCACCCUCAAUGAAAAUUCAACAACAAGUGCACGCAAUACGCGAAAAAGGAAGACUCGUGCUAUACAAGAAAUAGAAGAAGGGUCUGGAAGGGAAAUAAUGGAGAACAUUUCUGCUGCUGCGGGUGCUUCAAUAAAUUUGAGGACUAGAGUUGGACCUGCUCCAUUUGUAAGGCUAAUCAAAGGAUUAAGUGAAAAACAAAAGACAAUUGUUCAGAAAAUAGGAUUUGGGUCUUUGCUACACCUGAGCUUUGAUAAGUUCCAUGGAGACUUUGUUCAAUUUCUACUGGAAAACCUGAGACCAAUAUAUGCACAACUCAAGCUUACAAUUGGAGAGUUCUUAGAUAUUGAAGAAGAUGAUGUUAAAGUUGUGUUUGGCUUGCCCAAAGGAGAGAAAGAUGUUGUCGAAGCAAAUGGAAAGAAUGAAACAGAAGACUACACUGAGCUGCUGAAAGAAUGGAGAGCAGAGUGGGGCAUUGAGAAAGGCAACCCACAAACAACAUCAAUGACAGAAAAAAUCCUUCAGGAUGAUGAUGAUGGAGAUAAGUUCAUCAGGAAUUUUGUUGUCUUCACAGUCUCUUGUUUGAUAAGAGGCAACCAGAGUGUGAAGAGCAACAUCAAGAUCUUGCUUUCUUUAGUAAAUGUUGGUGAAAUCAAAAAUCUGAACUGGUGUAAAUACACAAGACAGUCACUCAUGGAUGCUGGAGAAGAAUGACAGGCCUAUCCAUCAAGAAUGUUUACUGGACCUUUAUUGUUUCUAAUGAUUUGUUACUUUGAUAGGCUGCAAUUCAAAGGACAGGUUUUGGUCAAUGUUUUUCCUGCAAUAAAAUUCUGGAUCAAAGAUAGAAUUGAUAAAAGAGUGAAAGAUGAGAGGAAGCUGGGAUUUGGACUUGGCAAGGUGAAGCCCAGAAUCAUGCCUGUAGAAGAAGAAACUGAACAGAAAGGAGAUGAGCUGUUGACAAAGGAAGAGUGUGAGAAGGAAAUUGUGGCAGUCGCCCAAAAAUUCAGUGAUGCAUUUGUUGAGUUUUCCAAGCUACCGUCAACCAUUUCUAAGAAGUUCCCAAAUUCUGAUAUAUUGAAGAAGAUAUAUUUGACAAUUGCUGAUUACUUUAUUAAUCAAGCAAAUGGAGAUCAGAACAUGGCCCAUAAAGAAAGAUUAUCAGAGAAGUGUGUACUUGAAGAAGAUGAUGAUUUUUUUAAUGAGCCCGGAACUAUGGAAGCGCUUGAGAAACUGGAGAAAGCAGCAUUUCUGAAAUUUGCAAUGCCUUCAUUUGAUUUAGGCAUUGAGUUUAACAUGACUCAGGGUGCAAGCACUUCAAAAGUGGACCAAAAUGCUAUGAUGACUGAAACUGCUGCUGAUGUGGAAGCUGUGAUGACUGAAAAUGUUGCUGAUGUAGAACAUGUGAUGACUGAAACUGCUCCUGAUGUAGAAGAUGUGGUAAUUCAAACUGUUGGUGAUCUAAUAAACCAAAGUGCUGCUACUGGAGAAGAUAAUGAAGAGGUUGGGGUAGCUGGAGAGGACAAAACUGCUGCAGGUGAAGAAUUAAACAAAGAAGUUGAAAAUAAACAAGAGAAUGUUGAGCUAAAGCCAUACACAAGAAAGAGGAAGCUUAAAAAGUUAGGUGAUGUAAGUGUGAAUUACAGAUCACCAUUUCUCAAGAACAACAGAAGACUGUGCAAGGAAAUGAGCAGGGAUGUGAUAACCGCUUUCGCGGCGUUGUAGUAAAACGGAGUCUAACCUUUCGGUUUUUCCCCGAGUAUCGUGUCUCUUGAGCAAUGGCGGAGGAGUUUCUUGAUUUUAAGCCCAGUCACAGAUAAUGUUUCCAAUACACAAAUCUGGGCACUAUUAUAUCUACUGCUUUUACACAAAAACCAACAUUGUUGAUGUGAUUGACAACCGCGUGCUUCCAGACGGGGUGAUCUUUGAGGACAAAUAUGGCGAAACUUUUAAGAAAAUGGGUGAUGGAUUCAAAGUCUUUUGUGAGAAAGUGAAGAUUUCAGAUGGAAAGCCCAGAAAUUGGAUUCCCAGAAUGUUAUUUAUGCCAUGGAGACAUAAUGGCAAUAAUGUUGACUGUGGAAUAUUUGUUUUGCGCCACUUGGAGACAUAUCGUGGCCAAGGACACACA